AUGGCCGUCGAGGACUUUGAGGCUGUUCUCAAGGCCAAAUACCCCGGCAAGACGCAUGCCAAACGCGUAGUCGACCUCAUCCGCAAGACCAAGCCUGAUGCGAAUGGCGUCAUUUAUCUCGAGGGCCGCAUGACCAAGCUGCUGGAGGACAAUGAUUCUCCCGAGCACUUUAGACAACGCCGUUACUUCUACUACCUCACCGGCUGCAACCUUGCCGACUGCUCCUUCGCCUACGACAUCCAGUCUUCUAAAUCAAUUCUCUUCAUCCCUCCCAUUGACCCCGAUGAUGUCAUUUGGUCCGGUCUUCCUCUCAGCAUCGACGAAGCCCUGAGCCGCUACGAUGUCGACGAGGUCAAGUUCACCACCGAGGUCAACUCCACCCUCGCUCACCUCGCCAAACAGAACCCCAACUCGACCGUCUUUGCCAUUGCCAAUCAGGUCUCUGACAGCGUUACCUUCCUCGAGUUUGGAAGCAAGGACUUUGAGACUGUCAAGAAGGCCAUUGAGGUUUCACGAGUCGUCAAGGAUGAGUUUGAGGUUGCCAUGAUCCGCAAGGCCAACCACAUCUCCAGUCUUGCUCACAAGGCCGUCAUUGAGCGCUCCAAGGCUGCUGCCACUGAACAGGAGCUGUAUGCUACCUUUUUGGAGCGAUGUGUAUCUCAUGCUGCUCCCGAAAUGGCCUACCAUCCCAUUUUGGCGGCCGGAAAGGCGGCGGCUACUCUGCACUAUGUUGACAACAAUGCUCCCCUAAAGGGUAAGCAAAACCUGUUGAUUGAUGCCGGAUGCGAGUGGAACAACUAUGCCUCAGAUAUCACGCGAACCUUCCCCCUGACUGGCACGUUCACAAAGGAGUCGAGGGACAUCUACGACAUUGUCCUUAGAAUGCAGAAAGAAUGCACCGAGCUUAUCAAGGGCGGCAUGCUCUGGGAUGACCUUCACCUCCACGCCCACAAGGUUGCCAUUGAUGGAUUGUUAGCUCUCGGCAUUCUUAAGGGCGACGCCAAGGAGAUUCUCAACGCCCGAACGAGCGCUGCCUUUUUCCCUCACGGCCUGGGGCACCACCUGGGUAUGGACACGCACGACACCGGCGGCAACCCCAACCCCAAUGACCCAGACAAGCUGUUCCGCUACCUGAGAUUGCGCGGCCACGUGCCGGCCGGUGCAGUUGUCACUGUUGAGCCCGGUAUUUACUUUUGCGAUUUCAUCAUCAAGCCAUAUCUUGAUGAUCACGUCCACAGCAAGUACAUCGACGCUGCUGUGCUCAACAAGUACUGGGACGUCGGUGGUGUUCGAAUCGAGGACAAUAUCCAUGUCACGGAAAAUGGUUAUGUAAACUUGACCACGGCCAUCAAGGAAGUGAGCGAUGUUGAAGCUGUGUCAGCGAAAUAA